ACCAAAACUUCAUUCUUCGCGGAGAAUGUAAACCAAUUAAUUAAAAUGACUUAAUAAUUAAUUUAUAAAUUGCAAUUAUUUUUAAUAACAAAUGACAAAAGUAUAAUUAACAAUUAAUUGGUAAUUUCUUGAUUACCCACAGUAAAAAGUUUGAACAAUGAACAAUUAGACAACAAUUAAAAGGUUAUGGUUUUAAAAAAAAUUGAAUGCUGAUAAUUUUUUUAAAGAAUUUUUUGGUUUGAUUUUAAUAAAUAAAUUUUUAAUUUAAAAAAUGCAUCCGCGAGAUGUAAUUGAACUGAGUGAUAAUGAAUCCGAGUUUAGUGGCAGUAUCGCUUUGUUCCAGAUCGCAGAUGACCCAUCAGACUCCUCAGUUUUUGGUGACGCAGAACGCGAUGAUACUUUUGCUGUGCCAAGACGCGUGUCGUCAAAAGCAAAAUCAUCAAGAAAGAGAAAUAAUUUUAUGAAAAAUGUCAGUAGAAAUCCUAGUGUCCAUGUAAAAGUUCCAACGCAAGUUAAUGGCGUAGCAUCGAAUGCAAGUCAUGUUCCAAACAACAUUAACUCCCGAAAUCCAUUGAAAAAUAUUAAAAUUCUCUUAGACAAGAUUAGUAUUUCUAAACAAGAGGAAAAUUCUUUUUCCAAGGACCCCAAUACGUACGAUAAAUUUAGCAGUUCAUCAAAGCCUCCGGAUAAAUAUCUUCCUUACGUUUUACUUGAAAGAGUUUCAGUUCCUGAUAAAAACUUCAAGUCUUCUCAAGAGCAACCCGAUGACCAACAGUCUAAAGAUGAUGAUAAAAAUAUCAAUACUUCACAUCAAGAUCCUCAACUCAGAAAUCUUCCUUUUGUUUUGCUUGAAAGAAUCAGCGCGCCUGUAAAAAGAGUAAACACCAGAGCUGAUAAUAUUGUCCUUCGUAAAAUUGCUAGAAAAUCGUCAAAUCCAACAAUUAACUCUAGACGACAUGAACUGUCUGCGAGUAUUCCUGACAAAGAGCACAAAUGUGAUCACUGCGAUUACGCGACUGACUUCGAAUGGUAUUUUAGGCGACAUAUGAAGUCACAUUCUGGUGGACCUCUUUUAAAAUGUACAGAUUGUGACUUUGAAACUUUAUAUUCUGAGAAUCUCAAAACACAUAAACGUCGUCUUCAUGCUAGAAAAUCUCUCCCAGUUGGAAAUAUUAAAAAAACACACAAAUGCGAUCACUGUAAUUACGGAACUAAUGUCGCAACAAAUUUUGACCGACAUAUGAAGAAACAUUUUGGUGGACCUCUUUUAAAAUGUACAUAUUGUGACUUUGAAACUUUAUAUUCUGACAAUCUCAAAAGACAUGAACGUCGUCUUCAUGCUAGAAAAUCUCUCCCAGUUGGAAAUAUUAAAAAUAAACACAAAUGCGAUCACUGUAAUUACGGAACUAAUAUCACAGCAAAUUUUCACCGACAUAUGAAGACUCAUGUCGGUGGACCUCUUUUAAAAUGUACAGAUUGCGACUUUGAAACUGUACAUUCUGAUAGUCUCAAAAGACAUGAACGUCUUCAUGCUAGAAAAUCUCUCCCAGUUGGAAAUCUUCAUGGAGAACCUGAAAGUGUCGUUGGAAAAAAGCACAAAUGCGAUCACUGUAAUUUCGGAACUAACAUAGCCGCAAGUUUGAGCCGACAUAUGAAGACUCAUUUCGGUGGACCUCUUUUCAAAUGUACAGAUUGCAACUUUGAAACCCUACGUUCUGAUAAUCUCGAGAAACAUAAACUUCGUCACGUUUGCGAACCUUUUACUUGUCCGUAUUGCCCAUUCACAGCUUUUGAAAUACGUGCUCUAAAUGUUCAUAUUCGUUCUCAUCCCGUAGCAAAUCAACUUGAGUGUAAUAUUUGUCAUUUGAAAUUCGCUAGGCUGAAUAACUUGACGAUUCACAGGCUACGUUAUCACACGUCUUGUGUGACCACUGUCUCGAAACUCACCUGCUCAUUUUGCCAAAAAGUAUUUGCAGAUAAAUAUUCUUUGAUGAUCCACAAAAAAACUUAUAAAAGUGGUAAUGAUUACAAAUGUAAAAAGUGUUCGUACACAACACGGGAGUCGAGAUUGUUCAAAAAUCAUUUAACUAAACAUUUAAAUAAAUAAUUAAAAAAAUAAUGGAUUUAAAAAGCUAAAAUACAGAAUUUCUGUCAGCUAAAUUUUAGAUAACGAGUGUGACUGUAGCAGACAUCAGACAAAUUUAAAAUUAUAAAUAAAUAGAGUAAAUAAUGAUAAAAAAAAUAUUUUUAAAAAAUGCACUUAUUAAUUUUUUAAUUUUUGAAAUGCGCACUUUUUAAAAAUU